AUGGAUUAUAAAUGGAGCAUCAAUUUAUCGACUCUUCUAAAGAUCAACAAAGGAUUGAAGACGAAAAUCUCGACGAAAGGAAAUGACACGACAACAACCGGAUAUCUUGAAGCAAUCGUUUCUCACUUCACGCACAAUGCGAUACAAGUGAAACGCGGCAACAAAACAUAUCCGGCCACUUUUCCGCUGAAAGUUGUACCCUAUGAUGAGAAGGAGAUCUUUUCACAGCAAGAAACCGUCAAAUUCACGUCGGCACCGUUUCUUCACAUUUACUUCAUUUCUUCAGCGUCUGUCGAUGAAUAUCGGACAUCGAUUCGUCACAAUAUUUCGGAAUGGUUUGCAACUUUGGCGAAUAAAAGCGAUUCUCAAUGGUUAAUCGUAAUUGACACGACACGAGCCAAAGAAAAGAAAAAUCGGUCUCAACUAAUCGACAAACUGAAAAGCGAUUUCAGUAAACAUCAACAAAGAUUGAUAGAGGUUUCGGAAUCGGUAGAACAUGGGUCUUUCUCGGGGCUAGUGCAAGCCGUUAAAACAUGUCUAAACAAUCACUACGAUAUUCUCGUCGAUCACUGGGAUAAACAUCUACGUCAGUUAAAAGACAAUCGGCACGAAUCUUGGGACAUCUAUCACUACGCAAACGAACACAUGGAAUUCGCUCGCUUUUUCUGGAGUCUCGGCUGCUUAGAGUAUGCACUCAAAUUGUACGAUGAGUUGGACGCUUUCUGCUAUACUCUUCUUUCAACAUUACCAAGAGAAAAUCACCCUCCAUGGAUGUCGAUACUAUCGGGAUCGUUAGAAGUUUGUCCAAAGCUUUCGGAAACUGUGCACCUCAAUCAAGUUGGAAGCGAGUAUCAAACGUUUUUGGGAUUACGCCAUCUACUUGUCUCACAACAAAUGCUCAUCACCCUUGGAAUUUAUCAGCAACGAUUGCAUUCGAAUUCGGCAGCACCGUCUAUCAGACACGAUUUUGCCGGCAUCAUCCUUCGAUAUGCUUCACAUUGUCUUCAAAUUGUUGUUGAACAUGGUGCUUUUCAUGAGAUUCUCCCCGACAAAUAUCAGCUAGCUGCAUGGAAAAUCUACUUGGUUUCGGAGACGUUCUCCCUUUGUGAUCUCCUUGCUGAACCAUCAAGUGUCGAGGGUGUCACUUCGGCAACUUGUCAUCUGCAUACGUCUCGAUUUUAUUCGCUUCUUCUCCUCGGUGAACUCGUUUUUUCUGCAUCGGCAACAACUCAAAGAGAAAAAUUCAUCAGCUGGUUUGGAAAGACAGAUUCACUAUUAGCUGAAGCCCUUCUUGGCGACUCGAGCUUUUUAGUACAGUUGCAAAAAUCACACGAUACGACGGCCGUUUUCUUGACGCAAGUGGGAAGAUUCAGAGCGGCCACUGCGCUUGGUGCAAGCUUUGCGACGUAUUUAAAUAAAGAUGGGAUCAUCGACACCUCACUACCGUAUGAAUUAAAGCAAGCUUGUCGACUUGUCGAAAAUGAGACGUAUAGCGAGAAAAAUAUUGGAGACAUACGCAAACUAAUAGCAAGGCUUGACCCUGCAGAAGAUCGAGCGUGUGUUGUCACUUUGUUGAUGUUUUUGUGUCUACAAGAAAUGUCUCCAGAUGAAAAGGAUCGACAAGAAUUCAUCGAUUUUGUGCAAACACGAAGCAACUCUAUGAUAAAUUGUCUGCCGAUCAUCAAAUGCCCAAUUUCGGUCCGUAUUCCACGUGUCGGUCUCUCGAUUCUGAUGCCUGGCGAUGAAUUCUCGAUGACCUUCAAAUUUAUUUCGAAGUUUAAUUUUGAGAUCGAAAACUGUCAUUUUAAAGUGCAGAUGUCCUCGAUUACACAAGAAAUUUUAUGCAAAACACGGCCACCGGCUUUCCAAAUGGGAUAUGAUAAAGAUGAAAGGAAAGCGUUGAUGACUUGCAUCUUUUCGGUGUCCGAGAGCAAAGACGAAAAGAAAGACAAGCAACAUCAAGAGGAGAUUUGGUUUGAGUCAUCACUGGUAGGCACAACUUUAAUGCCUGGGGGAAACGAUGUUGUGUUGACGGGUCAAGUCACGGAAAGAGGCUUCUAUAUUUUGAAUGGAAUCAGCGUCUUUUUGAUGAAUCAGGCGAUUGUUUUGAACGUCCCCUCCGAUGCGAUGACAUCACGAGAAACAGCUCCCGCGCUUCUCGUUCAAAAGACCCCAAACAAGCUCGACGUGGAAAUGCCAAAAAUUUUGAUCGCCGGAAUGGCACAAUCGAUUUGCAUCAUUUUGGAGGCGGGGAUGCGACAAAAUGGCGCAACCGAAGUCGCUGUCGAAACGAGAACAAGCGAUAAAAUGCUCAAAUUUCGAGCUGGGUCGAAUUGGGAGAUCAGUACGAGUUUAUCCGUGCCAUCGCUACAAAAAGGAGAACGGCAUUAUGUGCAGUUGGAGCUGUUUCGAAAUCUCGACGGAAGAGUGAUUGCCGAUCAAAAGGAAUUCAAGGAAAAGAUUUUUAUUGAAUGGAUGGGACAAGUGUGGCCGGUUGAGUUGACUUUUUCACCACUCUUCACAUUAUCGAGUACAACUACACAGCUUGAAGCUAGUUGUUUGUUGGAAACCGAAAUUAGUCGACCUAGUGACUCGAUCUGGACGAUGAUUUUUCAUGAGGCAGACGUUAAAAUAAUCACCGAGGAGAAGAACGACAAUCAGGCCAAUGAACAAGGAGAGACAAACGAUGUGAUCAAGAAAUCGGAAGAAACAACGAUAUGUCAGUUGAUCAAUCCCGAAUUGCCGAUUGCUCAUCCAUCAUCGCUCGUUGCAUUGGUUUGGUCGCUGGGUGCUGGAUCGGAUGAAAUGCUUCGUUGUUGCAUCACGCUCUCUUACUCGGUCACUGAAAAUAACAACGUCGAUGAUUGUUCGCCAAACAACGAAAAGUACAUCUUCACCGAGAUAAUGGACGUCGUAUCGCCAAAGGUUGAGUUUGAGUUGUGUGCACAAAUGUUAUCCCAGCAUCCGGGUGCUCAACUUUGUCGUGCCGGCGCUCCGUGCGAUAUGGUUAUCAAUAUUCGCUCUUUAACAAAUCGGAUUCACGUGGUUUACGCCAGAGUCUCUGCCGAUAAAGAAAUGUGGAACGUGCCGGAUAGCGCAAAGAUCCUUCAAAUCAAAGAUUCUGGGAUAGCGCAAGUUGCCUUCACGGUUGUGCCGCUGAUGGCCGGUUUUCUUCCAUUUCCAUCGGUUGAUCUCUUCAAUGCGGAAACGUCACAGCAACGCAGUGGUGACGGGUUUUGGUCGGAAGAAUUCACGGAAGGGAGCAAUAUUAUCACUUUUCAGAGAACGACCGGCAAACAAAUUCGCGUCCUUGGCGGAAUCGAGAAGCACCAAAAUGAUCGAGAUUUUCGCGACAAUCGCAGCUUUCGCGUUCGAUUCGGAAAAUUAUUCGAU